AUGGUUCGUGUUUAUCCCCUAGGCGGUGCCGGAUGUUCUACCGGGGUAAUGUCACUGGCUUGGCACCCAGAUCCACAGUACGAGAAUCUGCUUGCAAUUGGCAGUUCAAAAGGCCACGUUGAUCUUAUUGAUCUAACUAAGUUCCAAAAGAAUGGCCGACCAAAGCAGAUCAAGCUGCCUAACGCACUGGGUGGUCCUGUUUACCGUGUUGCCUGGGGUCCUUUGCUUUUUGGUGAGUCGGACGAAAAUGAAAGUUCACGAACAGAAAAUCAAGAACCGGAGGACUCAUCGACAGUCACUCAGGAUGCGAAUGUGGGUCGCAUGUACGUUUAUGCAGUUUGCAAGAGUUCUAUCUACCUCCUUCGUUCUUCACAAAAGCCGCCUGUUAUUCUGAACCAGAAGCUCUGCAAACUGCUUAGUCACUCUCAGACUGAUGGCAGUUUUGCCGACAUUGCCUUUCGUCUGCUUACUCACUCAUCACUUCAGAGCAUUUAUUCAUGUUUCGUCGCCCUAGGCAGUAGUAAUGGAACUAUCAACAUUCUCGGCCUUCUUGCUGGUUCACAAAGUCGUAGAACUGCUAUCCACCUCUGUAGAGUGUCAAUUCACAAAAAAUGUAUUAAUUCAAUGGCCUGGUCUUUUCAUUCAGACCGGGUAGUGCUGGCUGUAGGGUCUAAUCAUUCGUUUAUAACAGUCAGCGAUUUCAGUGACUUCUUUAAAAAAUCGCCAGCUGAACCGGUGCAGUUAACUAAUUGCUUGGCCACACUGGAAGGUCACGGCAACCGCGUAACUGGUCUGGAUUGGUCAACGCAUGAUCCCAAUCUUUUGCUCUCCUCGUCAUUCGACUGCACGGCUGCCGUGUGGCGCAUUACUCCCGAAGCUUCAGUAGCCAUUGCCAGUUACCGAUCCCAUGUUUCGCGGGUGUUCGGUUGUGCAUGGAACCGUCAACUUCCGGACUUGGCCAUUACUGGUGAAGAAUUUGGCUACCUUGCAGGAUGGCGCCCAUCUGAACAGCCAUACAAAGCCCCGUCAUCAUCACGUAAAAACCGACUGGCUGUGCUUUCGCAUACUCAGGACGAUUCCCCUUCGCCUGAAUUACAGAAGGACGUAAAGUGCUCCGAAAACACCGAAACUGCAAUCCUUCCCAAACCUACCGAAGUUGACGAGGCUUCCACUACCUCAAAUCAAGCUAAGGGAAAACGCGGGACUAGCCUAAAGCAGUUGCCUCUUUUUCCGAGUCUCUUUGCCAGUUCGGUCACCACAGACUGCUCAAUGUUGGCUCUCAAAAAUCUCCCGCCUGUUGCGGUUGAAUGGAAGAUGUCGAUGCUAAUGGCAUUUGUAAAGUGCCGUCUAGGCUUAUCUGCGCCCUCUCUUCCCGAGUUUGACCUCCUUCUACAGUCGACCUCUUCGCGUAAAAAUCUUGUACGUCACGUGGAACGCGAAGUACAGUCACAUCUUGAACUGGCCUCCGGGGCAAACCGUCCACGUCGUCUAGAUGCCUACUUCUGCCUCCUUCUCUGGCUGGGGAGAGCAGAUCAUGCAGCGAAAGCCUGCUUUGGGCUGCAGCAUUCACCUUUUUGGCUGAUGUGGGCUCUUGAAUUGAUGUUAAAGGGUGGUCGACCGCGGCCAUUGGCAGGAUCCUCCCUACUCGAUUCUGGGGAAUGCACAGCUAUACCGGAGGACGACUUUCUACAACAGAAGGUGAGCAGAAGUUUAUAA